UUGAAAGAUGGCAACGAAAUAAGAGAAAAAUAUAAACAAAUGAAUCCAAAUUAUUUGUUCAGGCGGGAGCCUGUUGUUCAUUUAAAAAAAUAUUUUUGUUUUGAAAUUAGAAUUGUUUUUUAUUGAAAACUUUAUAUAAAUUGCCAUGCCGUCAAACAAAUUUGUUUCCAGAUUAUCAUAGAGGUGGAAUCUUUUUUUAUAAAUUUAGAAUCUUACAGAUUUCCCAGCAUGGGAGAUUUUAUUGAAGUAAAGUUGCGAGAUUGUCUUCAGCAGCUGAUAAAUGGUAAAGCAACAGACCGUAAAAAACAAGUUGAUGCCCUGAAAAAUUAUUUAACACAAGCUGCAUACACACAAUAUUUAACUAGAAGUUCCACCUUGAAAAGAAAUGCUCCUAAUCAACCCCAUCAUGGUUCCAUUCUUAUUACUUGGAAGAUAGUAUUUCAUAAAAUUAAGUCAUACCUAGAACAAGAAUGCAGACAACUGCAAGAAAGAGAGAGCUCCAGCUCUCUAUCUGAUGCUGUGCGAAAUAAUAUAAACAAAGAAAAAGGAAAGUGUUUGAGCUUGUUUCGUACUUUCAUUAAAGCAUUACACUCAAAUAAGCAGUAUGAUAUGGCUCAACCUAUAAUGGACCACAUGUUGUCAAUCUUUCAAGAACACUUUACUAAAGUUUCUUUUGGGUUAGAAUAUUCAAACAUGUUAUUAAAGUAUAUUUUGACUGAUCCUUUUAUGUGUCAACAAAUUCCCGCUACAACUUUUGAUGAUGCCAUAUGGAUUUAUUGCAAAGUUAUUAAAAAUCCCCCAUCAGGAUGGGAUAGGACGUCUCUCACACAAGUUUUAUUCCAUUUAUUAAAUACAAGGUUAAAUAUAGGGAUUCCUAACUUUUCCAAGCUUUUUAAGUUCUUCUCUUCAGUAUUUGAAGCUGUAAGGUCUGAACGAGCAUGUGGGCACCAUGAGAAUCUUCUUAAAUGUUUAAUGUUGUUUUGCCGAAGUUUAAAUAAUGACCAUCGCUUACAGCUUUGUGAACUUGGGGAGACUAUAUUGCCACCCAUAAUGCAAUUGUGGAAAACUCGUCCUUCUGACUCUAGUCAAGAAUUAAUGUUGGAAUUCAUAAGUUUUCAAUUAACUUUACAUCACCCAAAAGGACAUGCCACUGAAGACAAAGGUGCUGUAGCUCAUGAAUGGUCUUGUUGGAAGAAUCUACUGUUAAAUCUUUAUAAGUUAAUCAUUACUGAAAUAAUGGAGAUCUGUGAAAAAAAUAAGUACUCUUCCGGUAAGGAGACCAUUUUAAAACCAGUUUUCAUUUCUGUAACUAUUGAAAUUUGUGCUCAAGUGUUUGGUGAUUCUGUUGGCGCUUUAGAUGUAACGCAAUCUUCUUUUCUCAACGAUGGAUCUUUACCAUCUAAAAAACGGCGAAUCGAUGUCUGUUUUCGCACUUUGAUAGAAAGUUUAUCAUCAUCAAAAAUUGUUCCCUGGCUACAAAUUAUAUCUGCAUUUUUGCUGAAAUACUCUGAUGUGCUUUCCAAAAUUGAAGCUGAACAGCUGUUUGAUACUUUAAUUGACAUAAAUUUAUCUUGUAAUCAGUUUGAAACAAAAAAUUAUUUACUAAAUUGUUUUCAGUCUUUUGUUCAAGCAUUUGGAACUAAAUCUAAAUAUUCAAAAUCACAAUUUAAUUGGCAGAAGUUUUGGGAUAUUGGAAUCAAGUCAAUAGCUCUUAUGAGUCAAUGUCAUUCUGCAGGUCAUAAACUGCUUCAAGUUCUCUUAAUGCAUGAGCUUGUUGUUCCUAAAAAUGAUUUUCUUGCUUUAUACACUUUAGGUUGUAGUAAUCGAGUGUCUCAUGCAUCUUUAAAAUCUCUGGAAAUAUUUUUGAAGUCAUUUGCUUCUUCUAUUUCAAAUAAUAACUUAGGACUAAAAAAUUCUGUUGGUCAUGAAUCACGAAUUCUAGAAUGGCUUUUUUCUAAAAAAUCAGAAGAUAAUGCGGUGUUUCAAAUUCUCUCUGAUGAUGUUGAUAUAGAUGUUUUUGAAGUAUUUGCAGAGGUAGCUGCUUCUCUCCUUUUGCAGUCUAAUGAAAAUUAUGAAUGUUUUGUAAAAGAUGAAAUGCCAGACCAUCUCCAGUGGAUAAGUAAAAUGGAAGAUGAAUUACUUCAAUUAACAUUUAAUUUACCAGUUCAAGAGUUUAAGACUCCAAGUUGUAAAACACAGCUUACCCAAUCUUCAUUUUCUUCUAUAAAAAAUUCAGCUAUGAAGGAAAAAGUUCUUAGUUGCUUUAUUGAGGCCACUAGUACUUUAUUUGAAGAAAAAAACUAUAAUUCUCAAGUUUGUUUCACUCCUAUUUUUGUGAAAUAUGCUCUCUUACUGUUUGAAAUGCUCCAAACUUUUUACUUUAAAGGUGUUUUAAAAGUAGAAGAUUUACAAUCAAACCUUUUUAUUUCUCAUUUCAAAAAAGUUUUCCUUGCUGCUUUUGAACUAAAUCUAAAAGAAGAACGAAAACAUCCUGGAAAUAGCAUUGUUGUUCUCUUCAAAAGAACCAUUGAACGUAUUGUUUCAGUUUUCAAAAAUAAAAGGGACUCUCUUGAAAUUGAAGCUUUUGAUAAAUUCAUUUUUGCUGUUGCCAGUGUGAUACCUUCUGACAUUUUACAACUUCUUCUAAGUUUUAGUUUAGAGAAAAUUAGCGAUUCAGUAAGCAACUCAUCAUGUGCUCCUACUGAACUUCCUGGAGAAAAUGGUCAUGGUUUUAUACGCAAGAAGAAUAGAUAUGCUAUUGUAGAUGAAAACUUAGAUGAUGAAAGUGAAACUUUUGAACCCAAUUUGAAAUUUAUAGAUGCUGCUGGAUUAUUUGAUUGGGAUAGUUUAUCUGAAAAUUUUAAACAGCAGAUUCAGUGUCUUGAAAUUGUUGGUGAAUACUGCAGUUUCAUUACUGCUAAUACAGCUUAUAAAGUUCAAGGCAGCCUACCAGAACAAUUAUUACAGAAACUGUUACCCCUUGUUAAAGAAAAAAGUCAAAAUGUUAAGACUGUUUACGAUAUUCAUUUAGCAUUAUCAUCUUUGAAAUGUAUUUUGCUUAUGAAAUAUUUGGAGGAUGAUGUUGUGGAAUCUGUAUUAAAUGCUGUGAAAUUUCUAUUGAACCAAUUCAGUGGAAUGCAAAAUCUUUGCUCAUCUAUUCUAAAUAUCUUUCCUUAUCUCCAUUGUCAUAUUUUUCAGUCUUCCUCUUCUGUGAAACAGCAACGCAAUAAAUCCCGCUUUCUUUUUUUGAUUAAAAUAUUAUGCCAAAAUGAACUGGAAGAAAGUAAAUCACCUUCUAUUUCUCUUCUUGUCACCAAGAAUUUACAUUCUAUAUUAAAGGUAGAACCCACUGCAACUUGGCCAAGUGACGAUAAAGGACUAAAUGGCAGCUUUAGUGAUAACAAUACCAUUUUGAUGUCUUUUUCUAAAUUUUUGAACAGUUCCUAUGUUUCUGUACGUUUAUAUGUUUCUACUGAAAUAAACCAUUCAAUUCCCGUGACUUCCUUAGAAGCUAUUUAUGAAUUUGCUUGUUGUGAAAUCUUCAACUAUUUACAAAAACAGGAUAAACAUCCGGAUGAUUACUUAAACAGAAUUAGUACCUUUUUUCACUAUUUAAGUCAGUUAAUGUUGGAGUUUCCUUGUUUUACUAAAGAAUCUUUAUUCAUGAUAUGUAAAGUGGCUCACACAAAAAAAGUUGACCAAGAAUUAGUAUAUAAGGUUAUAAUGCAGCUAUCAUCUGUGUUCGGUUACGAUUCUCCAAGAAAUUUUAUUGAAACACACCUGGAGUAUAUCUUUCAUCGAUGGAUCAUGGCUAAAUACAGUUUGCUUGAAUUUCCCUUUGCUAUUCUUGAGGAUGUGAACUGCAAUGAAUUUUUAAUAAAUUGUUAUACAGUUAUAGUGCCUAUUCUAUUUUUCAAUGAUGAUAUGUCAUCAAUUUCUGGAAUCGCUGAUAGACUCAAACUGAGUACCUCAGAAAUAAUUUAUGCAAGUUUGCCAAAGAUACAAGCUAGAAUCCUAUCUUUUUGGCCACAGUCUAAUCUUAGGAAUAAAGCAACUAAAGCUAAAGCACUCCUAGAUUCUGUUGUGCCUGUUGAAGUUAGUGAAGCAACUUUUCAUAGCAAGCUAGAUUUGUUUUUUAUAUCUUUACUCUCAAUGUUGAAGGAUAGAGAAACUUCUCAUUUACCAAAAUGUCAAUUGACUGAACCAUAUUCCUUAACCUAUGAAGACCUAUUAGGAACUAUUUCUUAUAUUAUGUCCAAUCAAGAGUUUAAUGGAUCAUUCAUUGCAUUUUUGAACAUGCAAAAGGAUCGUAUUCAGAAUAUUUUAUUGUCUUUGGCCAUAAAACUUUGCAAUGCAGUUACAGCACAUCAAGAAGGACAUAUUUUGUUCAUGUAUCUCAGUUUCAUAGAGCUGCUUGCCCCCGAAAUCAAUGAUAUUUGUAAUUGCAACAUAUUUGUUAUAAAAGAAACUGUGUCUACUAUAAUUAACUUCAUGAAUGAAAAACAAAAGAAGCAGAAAAAAUAUGAAGCCUGUGUUAAAAAUUGCUGUGAUAUUCUGUACUGUUUAUUUAAAGCAACUAUAUCAAAUUUUAAAGAGACCAUUGGUGAGUUCCUACCUUUUAUUGUAAAUUGUUUGACUGCCUUUGUGAAUGAAGGUGAAAGUGGAAAAAAAGUGCUAUCUUUGUUGUCAUUUCUUGUUAUUGAAAAUUCUGACAAUUUUUAUGAUUACAUCCCAUUUUUGGACCCUUUUCCAAAUAAUCCUGUAUUUGAAAAUCUUACUUGCAAGUAUAAGGAUAUCAAGUAUAAAAAUGGAAGUCUCUCUUUAGAAAAGGAAAUUAUAAUUUUUCUGAAAUCGUGUCAAAUGAUGGGAAAGGGCACUGUUGAAGGUCUUCAGCAUUUAAAUGAACAGUUGAAACUGCAGCAGCUUGGACUGUUGAGAAUGUUAAAUUCUCUGAAAGAAAAGAUUUUAUUCUCUGAAAAUGUGAAAGUUUGUAUUCUACAUCAGUUAGUUUGCCAACUGACGUCUCUUUGUGCAUCUGAUGACGCAUCACAAAAGGUUCAAAAGGCAGCUAGUAAUUGUCUUGGGGCUAUAGGACCUGUAGCAUUUUCAUCUGUGGUUUUGCAACCAUCUUCAAAUGUGAAUAGUAAUGGGUUAAAUACUAUUCAGCAGAGCUAUCUAUCUGUCAUUAAUAUUCUUAUUGAAUAUUUGUUCCAUAAAAGAAUUGAUGUUAAGAAAACAGCAUCUGAAGUACUUAAGAAUCUAUUGGGAACGACAAAUGGCUAUUCAUUUUUUGUAGAGUAUAAAAAACACCACUCCACAAAUAACAUUCUAAAUUAUGCAUCUCCAUUUGUAUAUUCGCAGAAUGCAAAAAAUUUGAAAUCAACUUCUCAGUUUGCUGCCAAUCUUGAAAUAAUUAAUAAUUUGGCUUUAUGGAUUCCUUUAGAAAUGGAUCAUUCUGAGUGGAUUACUACAAUAGUUUGUUCUAUUUUAGAAAGUGGGCUGACUAAAAACAAUUUCUAUGAAUGCCUCGUUCCUAUGUGUAGAAUCAUGCCCAACUUCUGUGAUGAAAUUCUUCCACACAUAAUCUAUGCCAUAGUCUCACUUGGAGAUGAGUCUACUCAAGUUAUGAUUUCCAAUGGAAUCAAUGCCUUUUUUUCAAACUUUUCAUCAUGGUUCCAAGGCACAUCUUUUAAAAAUGGAAUUUCUCCAUCACCAGCUGCAGAUGUUAAAUUUUCUAAGCAAUCAGUACGGACAAUGUUGUCUGUACUACAUUAUCUGUGGUUGAACCCAAAACAACGAUCCAACUCAGAGCGUAAUGUAAUGAAGGAUCUUUGGAUAGAAAUUAGCUUCUUAGAAGUGGCUCAAGCAGCUCAAUAUUGUUCAGCAUAUUUCACAGCAAUACUUUAUACUGAACUUUGGUGCAACUCAAUGAGGGAGAAAAAUAGAAAUUCUGAAUCAGUUGACCACUCAGAUUCGUCAGGAAGUUUAGAAUUUUCCCCAUUGUCUUACAUUGGGUCUCAAGGGAAAGAUAAAGCUCAUCUAAUAUAUGAUAUAUUGCUUGACACAUAUUCAAAUAUUGGAGAUUCUGAUGCCAUUAGUGGUUGUGAAGUUGUUGCACAUGAUAGCCAAGCUAUUUUGAAGCAUAGUUAUUUCGUAGAGAAAAAUUUUGAUGGACUGCUGAAAAUUAGUGAUAUGAACUGUGCAAAUUUAGAAGUUCUUCAGGCUUUGCAAAAAAGUCAUUUGAAUUCAGUUCUUCAGAAUUGUAUCCAUUCUCUAAAUUCAGAAGAAAUUCCAGCUCAAGUAGUUGAAUAUCAAAGUGAAGCAGCUUGGAGGAUGGGGCAAUGGAAUUCGCCAAUUAUUGAAAGUUCUUCACAUGGUUUUCAAGAAUAUUUUUAUAAAAGUCAACAGAAUCUUGUUGUAGAUAAUAUUAGUAUGUUUGAGAACUUUAUGGAUUUAGCAUUACAAACACAAUUUGAUUGCUUGAAACAUACAAGUUUGGAAGCCACAAGAAAUAUUUUACCAGUCCUUAGCCAUGUUCAGAUGGUCUCUGUUUUAGAAGAUUUUUCCAAAGCUCAAUCAAAUGUUGAUUCUUUGAAGAACCUUCUUAAAAUUUGGUCUUUACAAGAUAGCAUGCCAUAUGAUUAUUUUGAAUUUGUGGAACCUGUUUCCUGGUUGAAAUGCAUACUUUUGAAACACCUUGUGGAUGUAAACUUAGAUAAACAGUUGCAAGGUAGAAAUAUUAUAAUAUCGGAACUCAAGUCUCUUUUAGAUGGUUAUGUAGUCAGAGCUCGUGAAGAACGUCAUCUCGAAGUUGCUGCAAAAGCUAUCAAUAUGCUUAGAUGUCUUCCUGGAUCAGACGAGGAAGAAAUUUUGCAGUGGCAGGUAGAAGACGCAAAAACUGUUUGGACUAAAAAAGAAUAUAGUAUUGCCAACAAAAUUUUAAAAUCUUCAUUGAAAUAUAUGGAAAAGUUUGCCAAGGAAAAUUCUGGUUUUGUUAUGAGCUAUGGUGAAGCUCUAACCUUACGAGGAAGAUGGUUAGCUGAAACUUGCUGCGAAAAUUCCUCUGUUAUUAUGAGAGAUUAUUUAGAAAAAGCUGUUGAUGUACUUCAGGAGGUGACUAAUAAAAGUGACAAAUAUAAUUCCACUUUAUGUGAUGCAUACUUAGCAGUUGCUCGUUUCUCUGAUGCUCAGUAUCAAAGUAUUAUUAAUUAUCAAAAGUCAACGGCAUAUCAAACGAAACAGGAGUUGAUGAUUUCAUCAAAAGAAAAAGCUAAAGAAUUAAGAUUAAGUGAAAAUACUGAAGACCAACGCAAAUUGCAAUUAAUAUUUCUCAGACAAAAUGAGAUAGAUCAAACUGAGAUGAAAAGCAUGGAGAUGGAUAAAAAGAGCUUUCUAGAGAAAGCUGUAAUACAUUAUUUGAAGUGUUUGAAAGGUUCUGAAAAACAUGACCUGUGGAUCUUUCGUUUGAUUUCUCUUUGGUUUCAAAACAUAGAAUCUGAUUAUAUUAAUCAAAUUAUAAAACAAAAUAUUUAUAAUUUAGAGACGUAUAAGUUUCUUCCUCUCAUGUAUCAACUUGCCGCUAGGAUGGGUACUCAAUCAUCAGGCAUUUUUCAAAAUACUUUGACUCAGCUAAUAAAGAACAUUGCUUUGGACCAUCCCCAUCAUGCUUUGCCAGUUAUAUUAGCCUUGAGUAAUGCAGACAAAGAUCCUGUUGAAAAAAAGGAAGUCUCUGAGCAAACUGUGUAUUUGCAACAAGCUGAAGUUCCAGCUGUGAAAGAAAGAAUGAAUGCUGCCAAAAAGGUUUUAACUUCUCUUCAAAGGUCCAAAAUAAGUACCUUGCUCAAAAAUUAUGUGUCUCUUUGUGAUGCUUACAUAUCUCUUGCAUAUCUCCCAGUUGACAAGAAGGUCAAAAGAGGAACUAUUCCUCAAAACCAACCAAUACUUAAGUUCCGAAAGCAGGAAAAUAUUCCAAUUAUUACGGAAGAACUAAAAAUUGAUCGAAAAUGUGAAUACAAAAAUGUUGUCGGAAUACACUCUUUUCAUUCUGAAUUCAGAAUGUGUGGUGGUAUCACUUUACCCAAAGUGAUUAAAUGCAUUGGUACUGAUGGUGUAGAAAGGGAACAAUUAGUUAAGGGUCGAGAUGAUCUACGCCAGGAUGCUGUUAUGCAACAAGUAUUUUUCCUGGUUAACUGUUUACUUAAACAAAAGAUGGAAACUCAACAAAGGAAGCUUCAUAUCAGAACAUAUAAAGUAGUUCCUGUUUCUCGAAGAAGUGGUGUAUUGCAGUGGUGUGAAGGUACACAAGUUCUUUCUCAGUAUUUGAUUGGAAGCAAUGGUGCUCAUACAAGAUACUAUCCAACAAUGGCUACACCCUUGGAGUGUCGCAAAAAAAUGGAGAGCAUAUCAAGUGUUUCGCAGUUGCCAAAGAAGAGACAAAUAUUUGAUUCAAUAUGUGCUAGUUUCCCUCCUGUUUUCAGAUACUUUUUCUUUGAAAAUUUUCCUGAACCUUCAGCUUGGUUUGAGCGACGUCAAUCAUAUACUAAAAGUGUUGCUGCUAGUUCAAUCGUUGGCUAUAUAUUAGGACUUGGUGAUAGACAUGUAAAUAAUAUUUUAAUCGAUAAAAAUACAGCCGAAGUUGUCCAUAUAGAUUUUGGUAUUGCUUUUGAAAAAGGACGAAUUUUGGCAACACCAGAAACUGUUCCUUUUCGCUUAACAAGGGAUAUUGUAGAUGGCAUGGGAAUUAAUGGAGUGGAGGGUACUUUCAAAAGAUGCUCAGAAAAAACAUUAGAAGUUAUGAGGAACUCUCAGGAUGUACUUUUGACUAUACUAGAGGUGCUUUUGCAUGACCCUUUGUAUGAAUGGACUGUUCCUGCAUCUAAGUCUUCUCAGAGAUCUAAUGGAUCUUCCAGUAGCCAAAAUAAUCAAGAAGUGAACACUCUUGCUGAAAGAGCUUUAAUGAGACUGCAACAAAAAUUACAAGGUCUUGAAGAAGGUGUUGCUAUGAGUACAGAAGGACAAGUAAAUUUGUUAAUACAACAAGCAAGAGACCCCAAUAAUCUGUGUCGAUUAUACGUUGGAUGGCAGCCAUUUCUGUGAUAAUAAAUUGCAUGUUAUAAAGAAAGUCAGUCACUUGUAAAUAUUUUUUAUGUAAUAAAAAUACUAUUUUUUUCUA